GUUCGCUCUGUGCCGUCCGUGCCCGCAUAUUUACCGUGCGGCCAUUUUGUUAACUACUUACAUACAACAUAUUAUUUUAAUUAGCAAUAACCCACGCACUUGCGCCACAGUUAAUCGUAUCUGAAGACAUUGUGCGUGAUUCUGUGCAUCUAUUUUAUUCUGUUAUGUUGUUUGUUGAAUUGUGUUAAUUUGGUUUAAUUGAGUAAUCGAAAAAGAAGGAAAACAUAUUUAAUAUGAAUUCUGUGGAUUUGGAGGCAUCCGAUGCAACGAGCAUAUCAAAGGAGCCAAAGGCAUUUGAUUCAAAUGACAAUCAAAUCGUCGAAGCAGAAAAGCAAAAGCCCGUUAAAUACCCUAAAGCAGUGGCAUUCAUCAUCAGCAAUGAGUUUUGCGAACGUUUCAACUACUACGGCAUGCGCACCAUUUUGGUGCUCUAUCUCACGAACAAGCUGGGUUAUAAUGAGGAAACCGCCACAGUGCUCUUUCACACCUUCACGAUGCUCGUUUACAUAUUUCCGCUGGUGGGCGCUCUAAUCGCCGACGGUUGGCUGGGAAAAUACAAGACGAUCCUGUAUUUAUCGCUGGUCUAUAGUAUUGGUGCCAUGAUCGUGUCUUUCGGCGCCAUACCGCUCCCCGAUGUACCGACCAAGCUGGUCACCAUCGUGGGUCUGCUACUCAUUGCUAUUGGCACGGGCGGCAUUAAGCCGUGUGUGUCCGCUUUCGGAGGAGAUCAGUUCACGUUGCCUGACCAGGCUAUGCACCUGGCCAAGUUCUUCUCACUCUUCUACUUUGCCAUCAAUGCGGGAUCCAUGAUCUCGACAACAGUCACGCCCAUUCUGCGGGCGGAUGUGCACUGUUUUGGCGAGGAUGAUUGCUUCUCCUUGGCGUUUGGUGUGCCGGCCGUGCUCAUGAUUAUCUCUGUGCUGGUUUUUGUGGCCGGCCAGCAGAUGUACAAGCGGAAUCCGCCCACGGGAAACAUGAUCUUUGGCGUGACGCAGACCAUCGCUGUCGCCUACAAGCGCUGGCGCAGCCGGGACAAAAACUCUGUGCCGAAGGAGCACUUUCUGGACUACGCCGAGGAAACUGUCGGCGCUAAAAUGGUGCACGAUGUGAAGUGUCUGGUGAAGAUACUCAUUUUAUACUUGCCGUUCCCUAUUUUCUGGGCACUCUUCGAUCAGCAAGGCUCCCGUUGGACCUUCCAGGCCACGCGCAUGGACGGCGAACUGUGGGGCUACACCAUUAAGCCGGAUCAGAUGCAGGUCAUCAAUCCUCUGCUCAUUCUCACCUUUAUACCGCUCUUCGAUUAUGUGAUCUAUCCCAUGCUGAGCGUCAUUGGCAUCAGGCGGCCAUUGCAGAAGCUGACCAUCGGUGGCUUAUUGGCCGCCUUGGCCUUCCUCCUCUCGGCCGCCGUAGAGAUGCGUCUGGAGAUAGCUGAACCGGCAGCUGCCCCCAGUGACGUAGAUAUGGCUCAUUUGCGUCUUUACAACGGCAUGCCCUGUCGCUAUGAGUUCACCAGCGAUGUUGGGAGCGAUAUUGCAGGCGUCCCGCGUUUCAUUGAGCCCCUGGGCAUGUGGUCCGACCUGGCGCUGUAUGUGCCGGAGCCCAAGGAGUACAAUUUCAUGGCCAGAGUGCACUCACGAGGCGCCCUUAACUGUCCCAGUAUUGAGGGCAAGAUCAAGCUUAAGCCCGGAAAAUCCGUCAGCUACUUCAUCGCCAACGAUAAGCUGCAAGAGUUCUCCGAUGGCAUCGAUAAGAUGCACGCCUCUAAUGGCAACAGUGGCUCAUUCAUUCGGACGCUGGUCAACACCCCACCUGGCGAAGGUCCCAUUGUAUUGCGUGGAACGGGAAUGGGCGAUACUACGGAUGGCGUGCAGCGGGUCAGUCGCAAUAUAUCUGCGCUUUACCAGGUCCCGCCCGGUGGAGGGGCACUGGACAUCAAUGGUCGGCAGGUGGCCAAGUUUGAGACGCGCAAUGGCGGACUCUAUAGCCUGCUGGUACAAGGCUCCGAUCAGGGUGGCUAUACAUAUAACAUGCUGGAGGUGGUGCCGCCAGCCACGAUAUCCAUGAUGUGGCAGUUGCCGCAAAUUGUGGUGAUCACCGCUGCUGAGAUCAUGUUCUCAGUGACUGGUCUGGAGUUCUCCUUCACGCAGGCGCCAGCCAGCAUGAAAUCAGUGCUGCAGGCCUGUUGGCUGUUGGCCGUGGCCAUUGGCAACAUGAUUGUAGUGGUAAUUGCCGAAAUAAAGUUCGUGGACUCCCAGUCGGCGGAGUUCGCACUCUUUGCGGGCAUCAUGUUUAUGGACAUGCUGCUAUUCCUGCUCCUGGCGCGCAGCUACACAUACACCGUGUACAAUAAUGCUGAGGAGAACAUAAAUGUUAUCAAGGCUAAGCCACCGCAACCGCAGGAACGCAUCUCAAUCCCAACUGUGAGGACGAAGGUCGAGUACGAAGCGGAUCCGCCGCAGCUGGCCUACGAAAAAGCUAAGGCCGAGGCCAGAUCCGGAUCCGGAUCACAGGCUCCAGCCCAAGUCGAAGCCGAAGCUGACGUCCAGGCCCCGCCACCGUCCCGUGAGGUGGCAGGCCACGAACCCACACAUGGCGCCUAUCGUAAUCGUGCCUACGACGACUCCUUGGACCCCUAAAUGGUUGGCCUGCUUGGACAUGCCGAACGUUUUUAGUUCGCUUUGAUUUGUUGGCUUGCUAACAGAUGCUUCUAAAAAUGUAAUAUUUGUUGCCAUUUCAUUUUAAUUUUAAUACUGUCUUUUAUUUAUGUAUGUAUGAUUUAUUCCUCUUGUUGUAUAUUCCCU